AUGAUUUGGCGCGAUCCUACUUUGUUGGACGAAGGCUGUGUUCGUAUCGCAUCCGACGCACCACUCGAAGCCAAUCCGCAGCGGUCCGUAGCGGUCCAUAAUCGUAAUAAUCACUCCCACAUCCGCUUCGCCAUGGAGCAAACAAAGGCCCUCAAUGCUCUCGAGCCUUUUCUCGCCCUCAGCAAGUCGGCCACUUCCCCACGAGCUGCAUCGGACUUGAUUGUGCAAGCCACGAGCGCACCAAACACUUAUGUAUUCGCCGAGCUGCUGCAGACGCCAAACAUCCAGAACCUCCGGACUUCAGAAGAGUAUGGCCCGUAUCUCACGCUGCUCGAGGUCUUUGCCUGGGGAACUUGGGCCGACUACAAGGCACAACCCAAUCUCCCUAAGCUCUCAGCACAGCAACACCAGAAGCUCUUGCUUCUUUCCCUGUUGCCCCUCUCUCACUCCCACACCACGCUCACCUACAAACACCUUAUGGCGUCUCUCGAGCUGCCUACACCUCGGGCUCUCGAAGAGCUCAUUACCACUGCCAUCUACUCUGGCCUCAUCACAGCAACCCUCGACCCUGCUCAUUCCCUCGUCUCUGUCACAUCUAUUUCGCCGCUGCGAGAUCUCGCGCCCGGAUCCCUGCCUGCCCUACAGAACACGCUCCAGUCAUGGUCACAGCGGUGCGACUCUGCACUUGCCGAUCUCGAGGCCCAAGCUGCAAAGAUCAAGCAGGAGGCGUUGGACCGGGAAAAGCUGCGCAGAAAGAAGGAGCGUGCGUUUGAAGCAGCCAUGCAGGCCAGCGACGAGAAGAACAAUGGCAAGCGGAAUCUCAUGGGCGACGAUGCCAUGGAGAUUGACGACGAGGGAGGUAGCGGCAGAGUGACGAGGGGGAACAAGCGGGGAUCUGCAGGGUUUGGCUUACACUUGGGACGGCGAUAGAGAAUGGUUGCUAAUGCGUCAAGGCACACAUGACAACACAAGAUGAAUAGCAAGCAGCCCGUAACUGCCGAGCACCUAGGACGAGUGUUUCGUUAUGAGAGAACGUAAAUACGAGAUAGGCGAUGGCUAUGGUAUGCGUGUGAAUGAGAAGGAUAGAUGAGGACAUGGUUUUGGUAGACGUCGUCGAACUGGCCUCUCGACCGAACGUUUGAAUCAUGUCCAGAGAGCACAAGGGACGACCAAAGUAUAACGAGAAUAACGAUAGCAUGCUACAGCUGUGAUUGGAAAGAACUGAAAUCCGAUUGAUUAUAACUGUGU